AUGGUGGAUAUAUUGGUGAGGUAAGUGUCCAUUGUAUAUCCAAACUCAAAACAAACCAACCAACAAGUUUAUUGAGUUGCAGAGCUAGCUCCAAUGGCUUCCAUCGAUUUUUCAUCCAUCCUUUUUGCAUUUAUUAUACCCUUUCUAGUUUUCAUCAUUUUAUCUCGUAUUUGGAGAUGGGAUUUCCAUGGAAUCAUUCCUUGGAACUGGCCAAUCGUUGGAAUGACACCCACUGUUAUUGCUCAUAUCCACCGACCCCAUGAUCGUGUUACUGAAGUUUUACAACAAACUGCUUUCACUUUCUUCUUCAAAGGCAUCUGGUUUUCAGGUAUGGACUUCCUCUUCACAGUCGACCCUUCAAAUAUUCACCACAUCUUGAGUGCCAAUUUUGAGCGAUAUCCCAAAGGCCCUGAUUUCAAGUACAUAUUUGAAGUUUUGGGAGAUGGUAUUUUCAAUUCUGAUUCUGAUGUUUGGAAAAAUCAACGUAAAACUGCUCAUUACUUGGUUCGCCACCACAAUUUUCUUCAAUUCUUAGAGAAAAUUACAUUGAAUAAAGUGAAAACAGGGCUUGUUCCUAUUCUUGACAGCGUUUGUGAAAAUGGGUCAGUGUUGGAUUUGCAAGAUUUGUUUCAAAGAUUCUCAUUUGAUUCAACUUGCAUGAUGGUAACUGGUUUUGAUCUCAAUAGUUUAUCACUUGAAUUCCCUGAAGUUCCUUUUUCCAAGGCUAUGGAUGAUGCAGAGGAAGUGAUUUUUGUAAGACACUUUUUCCCUAAAACAAUAUGGGAAUUUCAAAAGAAACUCCAAAUUGGUCAGCCCAAGAGACUAAAACAAGCUUGGGAAAUCAUAGAUGAAACCAUUGCUAAAUUGAUAGCCUCCAAAAGGAAAAGCUUGAAAAAUGAAAUGAAAGAAGAGGAUGAUAAUGGCAAAGAAGGAGUUGAUCUGAUCACAUCAUAUAUUACAAAUAUAGAAAAUGAUGAUGAAUUCUUGAGGGACACAGUUUUGAACUUUAUGAUCGCAGGUAGAGACACUUUAAGUUCAGCGCUCUCUUGGUUUUUUUUUUGUCUUUCAAACCAUCCAACCGUCGUAGAAAAGAUUAGGGAAGAGCUCAGAACAACGAUUCCAACGAACGAAGCUUAUGAUCAACGGCGGAUAUUUUCAAUUGAAGAGGUGGAUAAUUUGGUUUACUUCCAUGGAACAUUGUGUGAAGCUCUUAGACUAUAUCCUCCAGUACCACUUCAACACAAGGUGUCUAUACAACAUGAUAUACUCCCAAGUGGUCAUCACAUAAAACCCAAAACAAAGAUUUUGUUUUCAUUAUAUGCAUUGGGAAGAAUGAGUGAAGUGUGGGGAAAAGAUUGCUUGGAGUUUAAGCCAGAGAGAUGGAUUAAUUCAGAAAAUGGAAAGAUCAAACAUGUGCCAUCUUACAAAUUCUUGGCAUUCAAUGCAGGGCCAAGAACAUGCUUAGGAAAACAUGUGGCUUUCACUGAAUUGAAAAUAGUAGCAGCUGCUAUCAUUCAUAACUACAAUAUUAUUCAACAAGCAGGGCAUGAGGUUGUUCCAAGUGCCUCUAUUAUUCUUCAUAUGAAGCAUGGAUUCAAGGUCAAAGUAACAAAGAGGUGGAGUACUUGACAUAAGUUAAAAGAAGAGGAAGGAAUUUCAAGUUUGUUGUUUGUUUUAGGUAAAAUUACAUUGGUGGCAUUGAAUAAAAGAAAAUGUAAAAGGACUGUAUAAAAUGUUCUGAUAGUUCUUUUUUUGUCUUUUUUCUUGUCAUGGUUUAAUGUUGUUGGGUACCCAUGUUGAUUGAUUUGGACCUAUAUCAGUUGUAGUAAUAAUAAUAGUAAUGUCAAAGUUGUUACAUAUGGUAUGAAAUGUACUACUUUUAGGGAUUGUUUAUAAUGAUCAGUUUGUAAGCAGAUGAAAAAGAGCAAAAUGUAUUGUUGCAUGAACAAAGUAAAAAACUCCUUUUUCUUUUA